AUGAAAGCCUCUGACUUACAGCAAUUUGGGGACUGGGUCUCGCACCAUGACUGGGCAGAAGUUCUUAUCGAUAACAACGUCCAAUCUGCUUGUGACACAUUCUACAAUCAACUUGACUCACAUAUGAAUCAGUACUUUCCGAUAAAGAAAGUUAAGAUUCACCAUCGUGAUAAACCUUGGGUUAUACGGAAAAGACAGGAUGCGUUUAUUCAAGGUGACAAGGCCCGCUGGAAAUUACUUCGCAAUCAGGUCCAAAGAGAGAUUCGGAACCUGAAGACUGAAUUCUACAUAGGCCGAGUGAAGCAUCUGAAAGACGAGAACCCUGCUAGUUGGUACAAACACAUUAAACUACUAACUGGUAACAGGAGUCCCCCAUUGGAAGUGAUUCAUGAUUCAUGUGAGGCUAAUCCUGAAGAUUUGGACGCACAUACAGCAGAGAAAAUCAAAUCCUUCUUCGCAGAUGUGAACGCCGAUAUACCACCACUUGACAGAAAUGCAUUGCCUGCAUAUCUCCCUUCAGUUCAACCAGCUAAGCAGGUUAACGUGUGGCAGGUAUAUAAUGAGUUGAAGAGGAUCAAACCUGGCAAAUCCGGUGGUCCAGAUGGGAUACCAGGGAGACUUAUCCGAGAAUUCGCCAUCUUUCUUGCCACCCCAUUAUGUCACAUUCUUAACCUGUCAUACGCAACUUGUAGUGUCCCAUCUUGUUGGAAGAAAGCUAUUCUGGUACCUUUGCCCAAGGAAUCUCCGCCAGUGACAAUUGACAAUUUACGUCCUAUCUCCUUGACGGAUCAUUUUGCAAAAAUCGCAGAACUAUUCAUCGCCAAGCAGGUCAUCAAUAAUAUUUCAGCGAUUCUUGAUCCCAUGCAGUAUGGAUGCCGAACAGGGCUGUCAACUACUCACUACCUUGUCGAUUUCAUCAACUUCCUUGCGAAGAAAGCUGAUGUUCCAACCAACAUUUCUACUGUUGUCUGCACUGACUUUAAAAAGGCAUUCGACCACGUAAGCCAUACAGUUGCCAUUACGAAGCUGAUCGACCUAGGUGUACAGCCUGUCGUCAUUUCCUGGAUAUGCGACUUCCUGACGGAGCCUAGUGACCACCAGGACACAUUGCUCAAUGCUCUAUCAUAUCUGGAAAAUCGGUGUGAGGACAACUAUGUUAAACUUAACGCCAAGAAGUGUGUCACAUUUGAAGUAUCAUUCAGUAAAACCACCCGUUCACAACCUGACAUUGAAUUGUGUCAGGAAACGGUCCAGCAAGUGAAUGACACCAAAAUCCUUGGAAUCACAAUUCAGGAUACUCUUAAAUGGGAUAAACAUGUUGAUGCUAUUGUCUCUCGUGCAAAUCGCCGUCUGUUCAUGUUGCGAUCGUUGAAGCCAUUUUCUUGCCCUCCUGAAGACAUGAUAUUAGUAUUCACCGGUUUCAUCAGACCAGUUUUGGAAUAUGCAUGUCAAGUUUGGCACAGUUCCCUCACCCAACAGCAGGCAAAGACCAUCGAGGGUGUCCAGAAACGUGCUCUGCGAAUCAUCCUAUCGAAUCAGUAUAUAUCAUACCAAAAUGCUCUUUCUGUGACAGAUUUGCAGACGCUGUCCGAAAGAAGGGUUCAGUUGUGUCUUUCCUUUGCUCGCAGUGCUUUCAAGUUGAAUGCAGUACAUGGAUGGUUUGCACCUGCUGAACAACGUCGAGAGCUUAGGAAACAACGUGUCUGUGUUGAACCUAGAAGUAGAACUACUAGAAUGAAAAACAGUCCUGUUCCUUUUUUCCACAGACUGCUGAAUGAAUAUGGACUGUAA